GGAAGCGGGCGGGUUUUCCGGGUGAAGUUUAUUAUUGGGAGUCGGAAGUUAGUUUUUUUUUUGUUCGGUGGGGGAGACCCAACAAAAUAAAUAAAUAAAUAAUAAUAAUUUAAAACAAUAUCCAGUAAACGCCCCGAUCUGGAAGGACAAAGUUAUUUUUUUUUUAACCGCAGGGGAAACCGUUUUUUUUACGUUUUUAACGUGAACUACGAACACAGGGCGUCAGUUUCAAUCUGUGUGGGUUGUGUAGGAGUGGAGAGAAGGCGACAUAAGUCUGAUCAUAGCAGCAAAUGGUUUCCUUGGAGUGCUGAAAUGAACUAACUUGAUCCGUUCUCAACAGAAAAUCAAACAGUGUCUCUCAAUGGAUUUCGUCUUCAGCGCAGAGUCUCUGCUAGCGCCCUCCAUGGACCCGGACGAAGAGGGUGUGGUCGCGAUGGUGAUCCCAGGAGCCGCAGGCCACGCCCCCACCCUCCAGAGCGAGGCUGUGACCAAUGAGCUGCAAGAGCUCUCGCUACAUCCCGCCCCCAAGCUCCUCCCACUCAGAGACCGGAAGAACGUUCUCCAGCUCAAGCUUCAGCACAGAAGAACCAGGGAGGAACUCGUUGGUCAAGGAAUCAUGCCACCUCUGAAGAGUCCAGCUGCGUUUCAUGAACAGAGGAAGAGUUUAGAGCGAGCUCGGACAGAGGACUAUCUCAAGAGAAAGAUUCGAAGCCGCCCUGAAAGAUCAGAGCUGGUCAGAAUGCACAUCCUUGAAGAGACCUCAGCAGAGCCCUCCCUGCAGGCCAAGCAGUUGAAGCUGAAGAGAGCGCGUCUGGCGGACGACCUGAAUGAGAAGAUCGCGCAGAGACCGGGGCCCAUCGAGCUCAUCGAGAAAAACAUCCUGCCUGUCGACUCCAACCUCAAGGAGGCCAUCAUAGUGGAUGUUGUGCUUCUCUCCUCAGACGGUCAGGGCGGCUCCUUCGCUGCGGAGAGCUCCUCCUUCGAUGAAGACAGCAGCGACGCUCUCUCCCCUGAGCAGCCUGCUAGUCAGGAGUCCCAGGGCUCCCAGUCCUCCCAGAACUCCCAGUCCUCACACUGCUCGGCCCCCUCGCCCCCCGAGAGCAAGUUCAGGGACCUGCACCAGCCGACACAGUGCAGCCCCCCCACCCAAUUUGUGUCUCAGGCCCCACCCCUGGCCGACUUUCUGAAAGCUCCUCCUCCUGCUGAGCCCGCCCCUCCUCUGAAACUAACCAAUGGGAUGACGGCACUGCCUGUAUCCAAACCGGCUCCGACACUCAUCAAACAAAGCCAGCCCAAGAGUCUGAGUGACAAGUCGUCCCAGCGCAAGAAGAGCAAGGACUCGAAGCCCAAGGUGAAGAAGCUGAAGUACCACCAGUACAUCCCCCCCGACCAGAAACAGGAGCGAGAGCUGCCCCCGGCCAUGGACUCUUCAUACGCCAAGGUGCUGCACCAGCAACAGCUAUUCCUGCAGCUGCAAAUACUGAACCAGCAGCAACAACACUACAACUACCAGACCAUCCUGCCAGCGCCGCCCAAGCCCCCAGGGGAGCAGCAGGGAGCAGGGGGAGGCAGUGGGAGCUCAGCCCAGCCUCGGAGUCUGUCCAGCAGCAGCCCUGGGGGGGGGCCUGGAACUCUGACCCGACAGAACAGCAACGCAGGGGGAAGCAAGCCAGACAGCCUGCCCCCCAACCUGGACGAGCUAAAGGUGGCCGAACUCAAGCACGAAUUAAAACUGAGGAGUCUGCCGGUGUCAGGCACCAAGAUAGACCUCGUAGAACGACUAAGAGUGUACCAGGAUCACCGGAACAGCCAGGCACAGGUCGCCCCCGGCAACGGCAGCCAUAGCAACGGCAGCCAUAUCAACUGCCCCACCACCGUGCUGCACAGGCCCGGGGAAGGGGGCGUGGUCUUGGCCACCUUCCCUCUGGUCGCUACGGUGCCCGGGCCAGGGGGAGGGCCCUCUGCGAUGGCCACGCCCACUGUGAUGCAGUUCGGCAGCACAAGCUCCACCCCCCCGGGCUCCCCCGCCCCUUCUGAGAGGUCGACCAUGGGAGGCAGCGCCGACGAGGCCAGCUGUAAUGGGGAUGCAUUCGGAGAAGCGAUGAGCUCUCCCCCCAUGCACCUCAUCAAAGAGGAGCACUGCAGCACAGCCUCCCCCUGCCGUUUCUCCCAGCAUGCACUACAGCAACCCCAACAGCCAAUCACCGGCGGCCGGACUUUUGACAAGGACCAGAUGCUGCAGGAGAAAGACAAGCAGAUCGAGGAGCUGACCCGCAUGCUGAGGCAAAAGCAGAAGCUGGUGGAGACCCUCCGAUCACAGCUGGAGCAGGGCAAGAGCCCCCCCUCCCCCUCGAACCUCGACCCCUCCAUCCAGCGCGUCCUGAUAAAGCAGGAGCCGGGGGAGCCCAGCAGCCAGGGUCAGCAGGGGCCGCUGUGGCCCCCCGAGGAGUUCAGUGAGGUCACGGUGAAGGAGGAGCCGGAGAGCGAGAUGGCCGAAGAGGUGCCAGUGCAGCAGCAGGUGUCGCCAGCUCCCCAUGUUUUCCUGAACCAGCCCCCCCCUUCCCUGGCCCCUCCCUCCUUCCCCCUGGACAUUCUCAAGACCCCCCUCCCGCCCACCCUCCUCACGGACUCCAACGGGAACCACUUCCUGCUGGCACUGACCAAUCACAGCACGGACGCACAGCGGAGCGAUACCGCUAAGCAAGCGGGCCGCAUCACACUGCAGCGAUUACAAUCUUCUCCCACCAAGCUGCCCAGCCAAUCACCUCCUCAGCUGCUGACAACCAGCGCCCAAUCAAAACAGCAGCAGCAGCCUGACCUCAUCAACCAGCCAAUCCGAAAGGGCCAGAAGCCUGGGCUUCACCUUAUGACUAGUGUCCCGCCCGGGACAGUCUUCUCUUUCUCGGCUCCCCCCAGCCUGCAGCCCUUCUUCCUCGGCAACAAGAGACCCGCCCCCUGCCCCUCGCCCAAUCAGAGACCAGGGCCUGCCUCCACACCGCCCAAUCACAAGGCUCCUCCCCAGUCUCAAUCCCCCUCCAAGGUGUGUCCAAUCCCGGAUCAGCAUGCCCUCUUUAGCCCCUCCCCCUCCCCUCCUGGGCGGAGCAAAGAACCGCCACAAUACCAGGAGGCCUUGAAACAGAAUCCCGACAGAGAGAGCGCCCCCUGCAGUCAGCAAAUGGACGACCUCUUUGAUAUUCUCAUUGAGAAUGGAGAAAUAUCUGCCGACUUCAAAGGAGACACAGACCCCCCGCCGGCCCCCCUCACCAGACUGCGUCCCAACACCCCCCCACUGCCCCCCUGUCCAGACCCGGCCUUGACCCUGACCCUGUCCCACAGCCCCCCUCUCCCGCUCGCCCAGGACCCCGGAGACAGCAGCACAGGAAGUGCGGUGGCCCUGGCAGGAAGUGGGCGUCUGGAGGACUUCCUGGAGAGCACCACGGGCGCCCCGUUGCUGCGUGCGGACGCCGAGGGCUGCGGGCAGCGUCUGUCUCUCAUCGACGAUCUCCACAACGAGAUGCUCAGCACGGCCAGCAUCCUGGACCAGCCCCUCCCAUCUCCCAUGGAUACAUCGGAACUGCACUUCCCGGUCGCCCCUGGCGACCCAGCCGCGGGCCCGCCCCCUUCCUCCGGGCACCUCGGAAGCCUGGGGCUGGAUUUGGCUGACCCCUGCUUGGACAGCAUGGACUGGCUGGAUUUGACGAUGGGCAUGGGCCUUGGUCUCAAUUCGGGCCUGCCCUCUUUCAAUACGCAGACCCCCUCCAGUGUUUUCUCCACAGAUUUCUUGGACAGUCAUGAUCUGCAGCUGCACUGGGACUCCUGUCUGUAAGCUCCAGUUCAGCCAGUCCAGGGGUUGCUUGGGAGUGUUUUAGGGGUGUUUGUUACCCCUCUCGCCAGACCCCUCUACAGCCUCCCAUUCUCGCUGAAAAUUCAGGUCAGAAGACACCCGAUUUUUAGUGCUUAAAAAUACUAAGCUUUAAAUUCAAAUGUUUAGCCUCAAUAUCUUCUCACUAAAUGGAGUGCUUGGCUCAAAUCAAGGAUUAUACUUGGAAUUCCAAUUCCAGUAUUACAGCAGCAUUGUUUGCGAAAAUUGCAACUCCAGUUCCAUCUCAAGCUUGUUCAAUUGCAACGAGUUACAAUGAUGCUGCAGCCUUUGCAGUUAUAAUUGCAAAGCCAGUGUUUGAGCACAGAAACCAGGAGCAGAGGACACACAGAGUGUGGAAAUGAACUGAGGAGACAGAGGGAAGAAGACACUUCACACAGAGAGUAGGGAGGAAGGGGUCUGGCUAGUUGGUAAAAUGUGUACCCCACAAACCAGCUGGUUGACUUUUUUGACUCGCAAAACGCAAACGGGGUUCGGAAUAGAGCCGAGGAUUUUAAACCCGAGAUCACUGAAGCACGAGAAACAAGAGAGGGCGCCGUCUACUGGUCAAGUUGAGAACUGCAAGUCAGGAUUCGAAGAUUCAGUGUUUUAUUCUUUGAAAAUCGUAUCGGUUUUCUGAACAGAAAACACAACUUCAGCAUCUGUGAUAACUACAGGUUUCAACCGAGGGGGGGAAAAAAAAAAAAACUAUCGUCUUAGUUUUGACAGAAAAGUCGACUUAAUUAAUGAAAACGCUUUGUUUUUUCACGGCGUUUUUAAAAACAUUUUUUCAGAGGGUUUGUUUUUAUUUAAACAGGAGAACAAAGUGGGAUCAUACUUUAAAAACAGACGCUUGUCCCUUUGGGAUUUGAGGAGGCUGGAAUUACAAUUUUUUUUUUUUUUUUGCCAAGCAAAAGUCGCUCGGAGUAGACGUGAAAUUUGACAGACUGAAAUUGUCGGCUGUUUUAAAAUAGCGUCAUUCAUUCAAAAGGACUUGGUACUCCAGUAUAAAACAAAAAUGUGAUACUGUUCAUUUAGAAAGACUUUAUCUAGUAGGCAUGGGGUUUAUUUCAGUAAAUCUACACUGCAUCAAGCUUCUAAUUCAAUGUAUUAAUUGUUUGAUCACAUUUUGCAAUUACUCAAAUAUUGAGAUUUUUUUUUUUGUUUCAAAGUCUGUGUUGCUUUGACUGUGAGUUCAGGAGCUGCUCUUCAGUCCUAGCAGCCUGCCACAGACAUGUGUGACACAGGCUAGAUCAGCCAAACUGUCUCUGUCGAAGAACCUGCGUUGUAUUGCUGGCAAUGCAAAUAUGUGCACUAGAGGGCGCUAGUGCCUACUUAAAGAAAAAAAAAAAAAAAAGCGUGACCUAGGGCUGUAUUUUUUCACGGUAAAAAAAAUAUUUAUUUCCCUGUCUUGAAAUAGAUAUUUCACGAUUUCAUAAACGUAAAAUAUUAAGAAAGCAGAAAAAUUGAUUAUACAACAAAUGUUCCUAAAUAUUUCUUAUCUAAAAAAAACAGUCGGUGCUAAAUUGUAGACUCUUUUGUAGAUUUUUAAACACAUUCUAUUUUCACCUUUAGUCAAUUAUCAAACAAAAUAAAUACAUAAAUACAUGUAAAAAAUAAAAACAGUUGAAAUGUCCCCUUCUUGUACUGGACAGAGCGAUCUUUAGCAGAAAUAUUUGUGAUCUUUGAUGCAGCUGCUGUCUUUGUCAUUGAAGACAUGUUAAAGAAAUCGUGCAGCUCUAUGCAGUGUGUGUUCAAUCAUUUACCGGAAGUAAACCAAACCGGCUGCCAGGUUCCUAAAUUCAGUGUAACAGGUAGUGUGUCAAUAAGACAAACGCUUGCUGUAUUUAUUUUUAAGUGAUAAAAGGUAGGUGUAUUUACACUAUUCUUUCAGAAAUGGGAAUUUGCACUGGAAACUAUAUAAUAGGUACAUUUCACAGAAAUCAUUAAAUCUGUGAUAACCGUGAAAGAAAUACAGCCUUACCGAUGCUAGUUAAAAACCAGAAAGCCAGAUUUCGAGAUAAAAUGCUGAAUAUAGUUUUAACAAAAAUAUCUGUUUUUUUUAAUCUGAAUUUUAGGGAGUGAUUAAAAUUGCAGCAGCUAAACUCUACCAACAGUUAUGGAAAUAAGGCUCCCGUUGCACAGCAGUUUGAUCCAUUCCCUGGUUUCACUAUGAGUUUAAUAAGAAGACGCACCUGGGUUUGUUACCUAGACACACUGGGGCUAACCAACUGGUAGUAAAACCUGGAAUGGGUGAAACUGCUAUGCAACAGGAGUCUUAUUUCGAACCCUGACCGUAGCUACGUCAAUGAAGAAAUAAGGUCAAGCUUCUUAAAACCUGUGGAUUUUAAACAAAUUAAAUUGCCAAUUGUCCUCGACGCUGCUAAAGACUUAACAUCUACAGGAGUCGUUGGUUACUUUUUGCAGUGGUUCAGUUCAGCUUCUGGUUUUACAUUUUUAAAUGCAAAGUGCCCUGUUCGAAAACAUUCUUUCUUUCUCCAAAAAGAUGUUUAAAUAACGGUCAGAUUUAAAUACAUGUAUUCAGACGCAAUCUUUUUGAACAGGAAACAAGUAGACAAAGUCUAAGCUGGUCUCGAAGCUCUGUGGUUAUGUGAAUUCUCUUUAUGACAAAGUGGAUGUAAAAAUAAUUGCUUGAUAAUGAAACUGAGGUGAGCCUACGGUAGUUAUACAGUGUACUGUAACACACUUUCAAUAUUGCAUACAGUGUUGAAAACAGGGAGGAAUACAUUCGUGUUUGGCUGUUUUUAAUAUGCAGUGUGGCCAAAAGUUUUCCCCUAGAGUUAAGAUUGAGACAUCAUUUAAAACAAACAAACAAAUACAUGAACAUAAUUUAGAUCUUUUAUUUAACAUCAUGUAAUCCAAGAAACUACAAAAUUAUUUUGCAAAAUUAAGUCUACCGGAAGCCAUAAUAGUAGUCAUGAAGUAUCUGGAAAACUACAAAGCAGUUUGUAAUUCAGUGUGUUAACAGAACAUUAUUCAGCAGGAUUCAUUCCACUUUAUGAAGCAACAUUUGUUAAUUCUGUAGUGUGAUGAUGCAAAACUUUUGGCCAUAGUUGUGCAUAUGCAAAACUAGCAACCUUGUUUGAUAUAUUUUGCCAAAAAUGUAACCGAAUAAAACAGCUACAGCAUUAUAAUCACUUACCAAACACAAGAAAUAAACAAGUAAAUUAAUCAAUAGUUCAACACUUAACAAAUAAACACAACAUGAAUGACCUACAAUUUAUAGUUUUAGGAGAAAUCAAGUGAGAUAAUGUACGGUACAGAAGGAUAAAAUAAAUGGAUGAACAGACUGAAUACCACGAUGCCUGAAGGUAUAGGAAUAGCAGAUCGUUACAUCAUUAACUAUGCAGGAAAUGACAUCACAGACACGUUAAUAGCUUUGAAUAGAAAUAAGCGAGUGUAGUUGCCAUGGCAUCAAAAGCUUAGAAGUACCUUCAGUGUUUGUUUUCAAACACACUUUCCCAGACGAAGGCAAGUUAAACAUACCAGAACGUUGGGAAGUUGUCUCUUGAUAGAAAUCGCACUUAGAAAUAUUAAGAAAACUCUUAUAGAUAUUAAUAUGAGGUCAUGGGCAAUGGAUCUCCAGUUCGUAUCUGAUUUAGCUAGUAGAAUUAACUGGAUACAGGAAACCAUGUUAACAGUAUCUUUUAAUAGUGCCAAACAAACAAAAGCACUGAGGCUUCCCCUGCAACGCUGCCUCCUAGCGUUAGCAAAAGCACAUUGCACUUAAUAGUAUUUCAACUGAGCAACUUCUUUUGCAAAUAAAAUUGCUUUGUAAUAACUUCCAAAUCGUACCAAUUUAAGUAAUCUAGUGCGCUGGCAUUGCCUGCUGUGUGCUGGGCAGAGCCUCGCUGUACUGUACACAGGGCAAUGCUGGCAGGACCACACUGUAUAACACUAAUAUAAAACCCUGUACAGAACUACAGCAGCUACCCAACAUGGUGUCUAUAUAAAGUAUAGUGCGCUGGCGUUGCCUGCUGUGUGCCAGGCAGAGCCUCACUGCUGUGCUGUACUGUACACAGGGCAAUGCUGGUGUGACCACACUAUAAAACUCUCCCAAAAUUAUACCAAGCACUGUAGAAUGGCGUAGUUGUAAAGUUGUAAGGUGCUUGAUUUAUAUUUUGUCUUUACAAAAAUGUCCUAUGUACAAUUUUAUUUGCAAAAGAAGUGGCACAAGACUUUGCCUCUGGUCCCAUUCAGAUCUCGGUGUGUAUUGUGUGUGUUAAUUCAGCAGGACGCACCCCACUUUUAAAAGCAGGCAGUAAGACGGGCCGACACAGCCCUGCAUGCACGCACGCUGUAUAGAAGCCCUCGAUUGGGUCGGGUUGAAAAGGCCGCUCUGUUCUCACGCACCGCGUUGUGUACGAAAUGCCACUUUUUGCUGUAGAUACGAAAUGUCACUUUAAAUGAUGGCUAGAUAUUAGAUUUCUUUCUUUCUUAAUCUUCUCCCCCUGCUCUCUCUCUCUCUCUCUCUCUCUCUCUCUCUCUCUCUCUCUCUCUCUCUCCACUCUCCACUCUCCACUCCUGUUCUCCCUCUCCUUCACUACUUUUCUCCUCCUUUUCAGUCUCCCCUUUCUCCCCCUCCACCCCAUCCUCCCUCACCUUUACUCCUUUUUCUAUUUUCUCCACCUUCUCUCUGUCAUCCCACUACCCCUCCACUCUUCCCUCCCUCCCCUCCUAUCUCCCCCUCUCUCUCUACUCUACUGUAAGGCACUGUUCCCUUGAGGGCAGCACCUUGCUAUUGUACAAACUCGCUGAUAGAACAUGUUUUUUCAAAAAGGCACUUGGAAAUUUGAAGCGGUCAGCCAGUCAGCUAAACUCUCCCCAGUUCGAGACGGUUUCGAGCCACAGUCUCACCAGCUGCCCUCACGCCCCCUUCCAAAAACCACAAAAACCAGUAUACAAGACAAACUCCAGAAAUAACCACUGGAGCCCUGCAUACUACUGAAGCAGUUCAAAGACUGGCCACCGGGGGGUGCACAAAGCAGUCUAGAACUUCACACCUUCUCAUCAGCCCCAGUGUUUUUAUAAACAAGCCUGUCGAUUCUGAAGGGAAUGUGGGUGGCAUCCCACACUGGCCACUAGAGGGCAGUGCACAUUUCCACUGUGGUUGGAUAUACUAAUCUUGCAUGGGCUUAUAACAUUUUCUGAGAGAAUGCAAGUAAUGCUUUGGAUUUGUAUAUAAGCCCAUGCACUGUCUGUGAGGUCACUUGCCCCCUGGUGGAAGAUAAGUGUAAAUGCAAGGGCGUGGGGGGACCAAGAACAUAUUUUAGGCUUAGGUUUCUUACUUUAUAUUGAGGCUUCAAUCUGAAGGACUAUAUUUGCAGAAUUAAGUUACAUUUAGGCUCAACUUUUGCAUUUAACAAAAUUAGAGUAAGUUAUCAUAAUAAUGCAGUUAAUUAAUAGGUAGAUGACUCCAGUUAAAAAAUGCUUCAGAAAAUUACAAAGUAGCCUCCUGUCCUCAAAUGAGGACAACGGCACUUAAUGGGUUAACUGUGAGCGGUUUGAGUUAGCAUAUUCAACCACAGCGCCCCCCUGUGUGCUCCGUGGUGUACUGCCUCAUCUGGAAUAAAAGCCAUGUUUAGUUUCUGUUUGAUAGAAGACUGUGACGAUUCAUCAACAGACUGGGGUUCAAAUCCACCUUUCUGGGAGAGAGUGAACGUUUGGCCGACUACCGAUUUUUCAAAUUCAGUUUUGUUUUGUAUCUGUGUUUUUUGUAUUUUGUAUAUUUUUUUGUAGUACAGUAAUUGCUGUAUUGUUGUUGUUUUAUUAUUAAGUGAUCACGUUGUUGCUGUUAUUAAGAGUGCAUCUCUGUAGGGAGUUGUUAAAAAAAAAAUCUGCAAUGCCAAAUUAAAUGUACAUUAAAACAAAAGUGAAAAACAAUUAAAAAAAGUCAAACUGUAUUUUCUUAUGCAAUAAAAAAAAGAACUGGAGGAAAUGACUGUUUUUAUUAUUAUUACUAGUAGUAGUAAGCUUUUGCAUUAUAAUUAGGGCUUCUGAUUUUCGGUUUUAACCGAUAAAACCCGAUAAAACACCCCUGAUACAAAAAAAAUGAAAUCGAUGGAUAGCCAAUAAACACCAGAAAAACUGUAGAAGUGGUUAUUCUAUUCACAUUGACUUUAUCCUUUUCCCAUUAAAAAAAUAAAAUAAAACCUACUACAAAAAUAAUAAUAAAUACAUUUCCCAGUGCUGCUGGGCAAUGUCCCGCCUUCCUGACUUGUAUCUAUCAUUGAUUCGUUCUGAGUACUUUAAACCCGCCCCAACUACUGAGUGACAGCACAUUCCUACAUUUCUAUUGGAGACUCUGCUUGCGAGAUUUAAAACGAGAUUACAAUCAGGAUGGAGGCUUGUUAGCGGGAUUUCAAGCUGUAUUACAGUUAAGACACGGAGGAUUUAAAACAGAAUUGUGGCGAAAUGUACAAAAAUGCCUCCAGAGAAAAACCCCAGAAGAAUGUGCCGUGACCAGAGGGAUUUCACUGCGGAAGACAGC